AUGAUAAUUGGGUUAUCAACUAAGAAUAAGUUGAGUUUUGUUGAUGGAACUUUACCUACUCCAAUUUCUGGGGAUGUUAAUUACAAAGCCUAUGUAAGAUGUAACGAUUUGGUUAUAGGAUGGAUUCUAGGUGUUCUAGGGCCUGUUACUAAGAAGAGUGUUUUCUUUUAUAAGACUGCAAGAGAGAUGUGGAAAGAUUUAGAAGAAAGAUAUGGUCAAGUUUCAUCUACUAAAUUGUAUGGGAUUCAAGAACAAAUCUCUGCAGCUCAUGAAGAAACUGAGGAGAUUGCUGAAUUUUUUGUAAAGAUCAAAGUUCUCUGGGAUCAACUUGAUGAUGUAAACCCCAUACAAGUUUGUACUUGCAAUGGUUGUGUGUGUAAUGUUACAAGUGAUCCUCUUCCCACUUUGCCUUUGGCAUAUAGAAUGUUAUUACAAGAACAAAAGCAUAAGCAAAUUAGUGAGCAUGUUAAUAUUGUAACUUCUUUAGAAGCUUUUGCAUUUGCAGCAGAUAAAAGGAAAUUCACUGAUAGGCCUAGUUUUCAGUGUUUUAAGCUGAAAGGGUAUCCACCUAAUUUUAAGGCUAAUAAUCAGAAGAAGUUUGCUAAUAUUGUUCAGGGUGAUGGUUCUUUUUCUGCUGAUCAAUUUGAUGACAAUAAUGAUGGUAGUGAUCUUACACCUAAAGAUGAUAGUGCAAUGAGUUCAACAGCAGCUUCCAAGGAAGAAAACAAGUCUGCAGCUUACUUUGCAGGUAAAAUGUGCCUCUUUUCAGCUUUUAAGAAUGGGUGGAUUAUUGAUAGUGGGGCAACAGAUCAUAUUUGCUAUGACUUGUACUUGUUUGAUUCUUAUUCUCCUUUACAACAUGGAGAUAACACUAUAACUAUAUCAGAUGGCAAUGAAGUAGUCAUUUCUCAGAUAGGGGAAGUUACUUUAGAGCAGAACAUAGUCCUCAAAAAUGAUCCUUCCUUGGCCAGGGAAAUUGUUCUUGGUAGACAAAAGUCAGGAUUGUACCAUGUUGGUGAUAGAUUGCCUCCAAUUCCUUUUGAGGAUCUUAAUUUUCCCACUUCUGAGGAUCUUGACUCUCCCACUUCUACCUCUGUAAGUAGUCAUACAGUUACAUAUGCUAGUGCAGAAAAUAAUAAUGCUAAACUUUGGCAUUUAAGAAUGACAUGGAUUCACAUGCUUCAAUUCAAGUCUGAUUCUGUUCAAAUAUUGUUUGAUUUUGUUACCUUUGCUGAGAAGCAACAUAAUUGUAUAGUUAAGUUUAUAAGAACAUAUAAUGCCAAGGAGUUUACUAGGGGAGGAAUUGUUGAGUUGCAUACUGAUCUUACAGAAGGGUAUCCAGUUGUUCCUACUUCACAAAAUUUGUUUAAUCAUCAUUCCACUACUCAAACCUUCUCUGAUCAUUCUUCUGCUUCACAAACCAAUAGUGAUCCUCACACAGAAUCUGUAUCUUCUAAUUCAUCAUCCUUUUAUACUCAGGACACAAAUUCUACUUCCAAUUCUUCUUCUCUUCCUUAUCCUAUUCAUUCUCCUUCCAGUUCUGCUGAAGUCACUGAUAUUCUUUCUUCCAUAAUACCUGAAUGUAACCUGGUUAGCUAUUCUAGCAUACCAGAAACUAAAAAAGCCUUAGCUGUCCUGUCCUCUGCCAUAAAAGAACCUAGUACCUAUAAAGAAGCCUCUAAACAUCCUGAUUGGAUAAAUGCAAGGCAAAAAGAACUUGAAGCUCUACAGAAGAAUCAUACAUGGGAGAUUGUUAAUCUGCUUGCUGGUAAGAAACCUAUAGGGUGUAAAUGGGUUUUCAAGAUCAAGCUUAGGGCAGAUGGUACCAUAGAAAGAUUCAAGGCAAAGCUUGUUGCAAAAGGCUGGAAGUCAAAGAAGCAGCCAACCACUUUAAGAUCUUCAUCUAAAUCUGAUUAUAGAGCCAUGGCAUGUGCAGCUGCUGAAGUAACAUGGAUGUCAUGCAGAGCUGAAACAAAACUAAUGUUGCUGCUGGGGUUGUUAAAUGAUUGGACUGUUGUUGCUGCUGAGGUUGGUUAUGGGUCUGCCGGGUGUCGUCUAUUGAGGAGAGGUAAAGGAGGUAGUGUUGGGUGCAGGAAGGUAGGGAAGGGGGUGGGUUUGUUUGGUUGGCCAUUGGUGUUUUCAAGGGUGUUGGGUGGUAGUGUUAGUGGCAAUGAGGUGGCUGAGAGUGUUAGGGUAUUAAGGUAUCAAGAGGUCCUAGAGUUUAAGUCCAGUUGUCCAAAAGUCCUUAGGAAAGUCCCUAAGCUCCGCCUUGCAAGAGCGUCUAGGGGCUCGGCCUACAAGAAAGAACGAGAAGAUAGCCAUUGUUGCCUAUAUAAGGCAGAGGCAUUGAAAGAUUCUCCACGUGCAUGGAAGCAAAUCAGGUUGUCUUUGGUACCAGGAAAGAUUUUGAUAGCCUUGAUCCUCUCAAUAAUAUUAGGGGGAAACGUAUAG